CCGCCCGCUUGACGAUCUUCCUUGCCUGGCAAUAACACCGAUCCUCCUCCUCGCAGUCAACCAUAAAUAAAAAAGAAACGACUAUCACAAUGGCCGAAGACCACAAAGCUCCUCCUCCCGGCUACGGAGCGCCUCCUCCGCAGUACCCACCACAAGCUGCCCACUACGGCCCACCCGGCGGCCCACCGCCACAAGGCCCACCAGGCAACAGCGGCUACUACGGCGGCGGCGACCCCUCGCAACAGCCGAAACAAUACUACGGACCGCCGCCUCAACAGCAGCCACAGGGCGACUACUACGGGCAGCAACCGCAACAGCAAUAUCAGCAGGGCGGCGGCAACUACGGUCCCCCGCCGCAACAGAUGCAGUACCAGCAGAUGCCGCCGCCGAUACAUGACGACCGGAGGAAUAGCGGCAUGGGCGCGGGUGGCGGCAUGUGUGCGGGUCUCUGUGCCGCCCUCAUGUGCUGCUGCUGUUUGGACUGUCUCUUCUAGGGGGGGGCGGCGCUGCGUGACGGUUGGGUGUGGGCGGUUGAUUUGAUUUUACGGGUUAAUUCUUUGCUUGGGCGUGCGGACGCGCGGCUGGUUUGGUUUUCUGAUUGUGUUUGGCUAGGGGAUUCUGGGCGGG